CCCAUUCUUCCCGAAACGUCCUUCCCCUGUGACGUCAGACCAACUUUUCAGUUAUCUUCCAUUUUUUGCGCUCAUCCUCCAACAUGGCCAAAGCCAAUGCUAAGGAGAAAUUCACCUCCGCCGUUCACCACCCUCCCUAUUUCCAUAUGAUCGCGGACGCCAUUUCUACAUUGAACGACCGCACGGGUUCCAGUCAGCAAGCAAUCACCAAGUUCAUCGAGGACAAACACAGUCCACUGCUGCCCCCAAAUUUCAGGACCCUGCUCUCUGUUCAACUCAAGAAGUUUGUCAAAUCGGAGAGGCUGUUCAAGGUGAAGAAUUCCUUCAAGAUCUCCUCCUCGGAGAAAACCAAGACUGCCAAACCAAGCAAGAAGGGUGCGACGCCUGCGCAGAAGGCUGCCAAGAAGAUCGCAGAGAAGGGGCUGAAGACCAAGAGGCUGAGUCACGCCAAGACGCCGGAGGCUCUCAAGAAGGCCCACAGGGAUGCUAAGAAGAAGUCGAUGGUCUCGUCGGCUGGGAAAGACGGGAAAGUGAAGCGUCUAAGUCAGGUUAAGACUCCCGAAGCAAUGAAGAAGAAGAAGACCAAAGUUACCCCUCUGAAGGGGAAGACUGCUUCCAUACCCAUCAAACCUUCUAGACCUGCGAAGAAGGUUAGGAAAUAGGUCGGUUCAGUAACUUCAGCCCCACUACUGAUUUUCAAAUGCCUAGUGUGCUAAUUAAAUAUCCUGCAACGCUGUUGUGCUCUAGAUUUUCUUUGAUUUGGUUCCCUGUAGUAGUAUAUAUAUCGAUGCUAUUAGAUAUAGUGUAAUGUCAUUGUGUGCGGGUCGAUUGUUGGCUAGUGACGACCACAGAUUCAUAGUAGUUGUAUCUAAUUCAUUGCUUGUCCCGUUGUGACAUUUUCCAGUCUGUUAAUUUAACUAGAUAGUUCGCCCGCGAGUCUGAUCUGUGUUUCCGAUUAAUGGAAUAUGACAAGUAAGAAUUUGAUCGAUCGGACUGUAGUAAACUUAUGUUGAUCUUCGAUGACGUCUUCUAUUUC